AUGAAUGAUCACGCGGACGACGAGCUUGUCAUCACCCAAGUCACCGACACGUACGACGCAGAGCAGUACCUGCCGUCGCUCAUGACACUCCUCCAGCGCUGCGUCAACGAUGAACCGUCAACAUCAUCCCUUGGCUUCCUCGCGCCUCUGUCUGAGGACCGGGCGAAGGAUCAGUGGAGGGAAAGCCUGAAGGGCGUGACGGGCUCCGAACCCUCGACGGUACUGCUCGUUGCCACUCCAGACGAUGACCCCUUCAACGUACUCGCCGCGAUACAGAUUAGUCGUUAUUUCAAGGAAACGCACGACCACAAGGGCGAGAUUAAGAAACUGCUUGUCUCUCCGGACCAUCGCCGCUAUGGACUCGGCAAGCGUCUAAUGGAGGAGGCGGAGCGCUUCGCCCGGGACGACAUGAAGCUGGAGAUGCUCCUUCUGGACACGGCCACCGAGACACCGGCGCGUCAAUUCUAUGCCAGGUUUGGAUGGACGGAAUGGGGAUGCUGCCCACGCUAUGCGCGGUUCGCGGAUGGCAGAAAAGGAGACUGCACAUUCUUCUACAAAAUGUUACAAUGA